AUGGGGAGGUCCCCAUGCUGUGAGAAAGCUCACACCAACAAAGGAGCAUGGACUAGAGAAGAAGAUGAACGCCUCAUUGCUUAUAUUCAAGCUAAUGGCGAGGGCUGCUGGAGAACCCUCCCUAAAGCUGCUGGUCUUCUUCGCUGUGGCAAAAGUUGCCGCCUUCGAUGGAUUAACUAUCUACGCCCUGAUCUCAAGAGAGGAAAUUUCACUGUUGAAGAAGAUGAGCUUAUUAUUGAACUACACAGCCUUCUUGGAAACAAGUGGUCUCUUAUAGCAGGUAGAUUACCAGGAAGAACCGAUAAUGAAAUCAAGAACUACUGGAAUACCCAUAUAAGAAGAAAGCUGUUGAGCAGAGGCAUUGAUCCUUCAACUCAUAGACCAAUCAAUAAGCUGGCCGUUGACAGCUUGAGCACUUCUCUUGGUGCAGUUUUAAGAGAAGAGAAGAUAGCCAGUGCAUUCAGAUGCAAGAAACAGGAAAACCCAUAUGAAAGGAAGUGUCAAGAAUUGAAUCUCGAGCUUAAAAUAUCCCCUCCCUCUCAACAGCAAUCUGAGUCACUGGAAAGCAGUAGGAGGAAAGCUGUGUGUUUCAACUGCAGUCUGGGAUUGCCAAACAGCAAGGAAUGCCGUUGCAGCAGGGGCAACCAUAAUGAUUUACUGGACAUGAAGCAUGAUAUUUUGGAUUGUAGAAGCUAAAAAAAAAAAAAAAAUAGCAGUUAGAGCAAUUGGUUUGUGUCCUGUCGAAAAGGGAGUAAAUACAAGAAAACAUAUUGUAUGAUUAUUAUGUUUUGAAUUAGCUGUGUCACAGUGAAAGUACUGAUGGCUUAUGAACUAUAUUAAUUUGUACAACUAAAAGUUUGAGGAUCCUUUUGUCCAUAUAUCAAAAUAUAAUUUAAUUCCUCCCCCCAAUCA